CACACGUUUUCUUUAGGAAUAUUGGGCAAGGACUAUUGUUCUUGUAAUAAUGAUUCAGAACUUUGAAUGUCUUACGUAGCUUAAAGUUAAUACAGUUAAUGUAUGUACAAUGUCAAAGUAGUGCUAAAAACAAUCAAGGACUGGCAUAAAGUGUUGGCUAUAUUUUAUGGUUUACUGUGUGCCAGUUCCAGUGCUUAAAUGCUCAUGCUUUGUUUCCGCAGGUCUAAAAACGAAUAGAACAUGGUCAAUGCUGCAGCAAGGGAAGAAGAAGACUAAAGAGGACAUGGUGGCGAGCAACGCCAAGCCUGCACCAGUCCAGAAGCCACCGCCACUAACUGCAGAACAGAGGAUGAAGCAAACUCCUAUUGAGAGGGUCAUCUAUGACAUGGCCCACAACGAGAGGGUGGUGAACGACCUCAUUCUGGGCCGAAGGAUAUCAUUCUACGAGCUCCGAGGGGAAGUGGGAACAGGGAAUUUUUCCCAUGUCAAAUUAGGAAUUCAUGCCCUAACAAAAGAAAGGGUCGCCGUCAAGAUUAUUGACAAGCAUCGUCUGGACAAGAAGUCACAGUCUUUGUUUUCCUCCGAGAUUCUGUGCAUGGAUAAGCUGUCACACCCCAACAUUGUGCGCCUGUACGAGGUGCUGGAGACGAAGAAGCGCCUGUACUUGGCCAUGGAGUACGGCAGUGGUGGGGAUCUCUACACAAGGAUCAGCACCAGGGGGCGCCUGUCAGAUCUUGAGAGCAAGAUGGUGUUUGCACAGAUCAUUUCAGCCAUCCAGCACAUGCAUGAGAACAACAUUGUCCACAGGGACCUGAAAGCAGAAAACAUAUUCUACACCACAAGCUUCUGUAUCAAAGUGGGCGACUUUGGCUUCAGCACUGUGACCAGCCCCUCAGAGACCCUCACCACAUUCUGUGGCUCGCCGCCAUACGCAGCCCCAGAGCUCUUCAAAGAGAAAGGCUACAUCGGCCAAUACGUGGACAUAUGGGCUAUGGGUGUCCUACUGUUCUUCAUGGUGACGGCGAGCAUGCCCUUCGGAGCUGACAACCUGAGCCGACUGAAACGGAUAAUCUUAACCGGUGCUUAUGCGCUCCCGAGUCACGUGCCUGAUCCCUGUCAGCUGGUCAUCAAAGGGAUGCUCCGGCAGGUCCCCAAUGAUCGCUCCUCCAUCUCCCAAAUAAUGUGCAGUACCUGGCUUACUGGGAUCGAGUACCCAAAAUCGUAUCCCAUGGUCAGUCUCACCCCAGCGCACCUUGUGGACACGGCCAACACUCUGACUGUGGAGGAAAAGGAGGUGAAAUCCGCACUGUCUGAACUCGGCAUCACAGGGGCCCACUUGCAGAACAACAACUGCGCUGACUCUCACAGCCCGAUCUCGGGAACCUACCGCAUCAUGCUGCACCGUGUUCAAAAGAGGAGGUCUGUGGAAGCGGUGGGCUACGCGUCUUUGGAACCUGACGAAUUCCAAACCAAAAUGUCUUGGAUAGAUUCGGCGAAGAAACAUCAUCCAACUUCUGUCUGUGCUAUCCUGUAGGCCUCUUUCCUCUCAUAUCUAUUGCAAUAUUUUCAUACUUCAGCUACCUGUGAAAACAAGCAGAUAUGGCAAUUAUUAAGGUUACUGUAAGUUUAAGUGUGUGUUUGUAUUUCACACAACUGAAUACAGGACUCUCUAGUCUCUGCAAACCUCUUUUUGUCAAGAGUUUUGAACGAUGGGUAAACAGUACCAUCUGGUACUUGCAUUGGUGUACAGGUGUGCACUGGAAAAGGAAAUACGUUUGUAGGUCACUGGAAGAAUGUUCAGGAACAGGUACCAUAUCUAACUAAAUAACCAUUAACCAGUAAUACAUUAAUUGUAUUUAUCUUAAUAUUCCAUUCAGGUUUAGUCAAAUCAAUUAGUCAGUGUAAUGUUUAACAAUAGGGUAUGGACAGACACUGAUGCAAAGGAUUACAGAUUUAGAAUAUUUUAAUCCUAAGGAAAGGAAUCUGACAUCACAGUAUUGUAAUCUGAAAAGAAACACCAAGACAUUAGUUCUUAGAACAAAAGAUUCCAUAUUUUUGUCAGAUGGGCUUAAUGCGGACCCCAUCCGUGUUUGUCAUUCUACAAAUCGCAUUAAAAGACAAGGGCAAUACACCCCUUUAUAAGUUUAUUGCAUAAGGGCCAGAGCACUAAUGCAAAACAAAGAGCUUUACACAGUCAGGUAUUUCUGUCCUGCUUUGUGUUUAUUUGUAUAGUCCAUGAACUAUGCAAGAACUUUACUCAGGGGGACUGGAAUUUUUUUAAUAUUAUUUAUAUAUUUUCUAUGUUUUUUUUUUUAUAAUUACUGCAUUUUUGAGGGUUUGUUAGGUGAAAAAUAUAAAUUUCAUUCAGUAGGCCUAUGUCUAUAUUCAGUUUGGUGUUUUAACACAGCAUAAAGCAAAUUGAGCUAAUUUGUAUUAAUGUUGUGUAUUUGUGUUGGAAGCAUUUUCUAUUUCAAUUUAAACUGUAUCUAAAGCAUUAUUUCAGGUUUUACCGCAACAAAUUGAUGAAAUUAUACGUUGUAAUGUGUGGCAUUUUGAAGAGCACUUUAUUCUCCUAAUUCUUUUACGUGAUUUAGUGGUUUGUGCUUGUUCCUUCACGGUUCCUUCUCUUUUUUCCCUUUUCAUUUGUGGGGGGAAAAAACCCAUCAUUCCAUUCCUGUUGAGACGUGAGAACCAGCUUAAUAUUCAGUGAAAAAGACAUGAUAGACUGAAUUACAGUGCCACAAAUCUCUGCCAAGAGAGUCCUUGUCAACGGUAAUUUCUUGCAUUUCGCAAUGUGCAUCCCACCUGAAAAUAGGACUUCAUCUUGACAGUUCUUGUUCAAACAGAGUUGCAUCACACCAUGUCACUGGGUCUUUGUGUUCGACUACUGUGAAUGUGAUUAUAGGUAAUAAAACGCUGGUAUGCAGGUAUAUUCUUCUUGUCAGCCAAGCAAAUCAAAAGAUACAUGCUGAAUCAUAGCUUGAAAUCCCAUUGUAUGGUCAUCAGCAGUUGUUAACUUUAUGUGAGCAGCGCACUGUAUACCACACUGAAAUAUUCCUUCUUAAAAAUUAAACAUUCAAAAAAAUCAUUGGACUAUACUUUUGUGAAAAACUGGAUAAUAUUUUAAUAAACAAAUUGUUAUUUUCAAACCA